GGUGAAAAUAGCUGUCACUUUUUCGAACUUCUUUGUUGCAAAUAGUUAUGAAUAGUUCCAGGAGUGUGUCCGGCGCUAAGGCGAAAAAGACGAAGUCUGAUUCAGACGUCAAGCUUAUUCUGACUACAAAUCAAAAGAGAGAUCUCCUUGAAGCUUUUAAACUCCUUGAUAAGGAAGGGUCAGGAUUAAUUAAAGGAAGAGAGAUCAAAGUUGCUCUCAGGGCUCUAGGUUUUGACCCUACAGCUGCUGAUAUCAGGCAAAUGACUUUACAGUACGAUCCUGAAAAUAAAGGUCUAAUUGAUUUCAAAGGAUUUAUGGAGAUAAUGACAUCGAAAAUGACUGAAAAAAGCGAGAAAUCGGAUCUUAUAAAGGCAUUUAGAAUAUGCGACGAUGAUGAUUCUGGCAAACUAACACUUCCUAAGCUUAAACGUGCUGCACAAUUGCUAGGAGAAGACAUCACAGAUGAAGAACUUCAGGAAAUGAUUGAUGAAGCGGAUAAAGAUGGUGAUGGAGAAGUCAGCGAAGAAGAAUUUUUAUGGAUUAUGCGAAAAACAAAUAUAUUCUAAACAGUUUUACACUUUUAAGGCUAUAAAUUCCUGUAAAAUAAUCUUUCUAUAUACAUAUAUGAUGUUUUAGACAACAUUACCUAUCAUGCAAAUGAUUAUAGUCUAUUUUAUUCACAAAAGGAAUCACAGUAGAAUGAAGUGAAAAUUUCAACAUUCUAUUGUGUGAGUAAUUCAUCUUUGUAUAUGUGACUGAUUGGCUGAUAUCUUCAAGGUCAGUGUGAUUUCAAACAAAUUGAACAUUGAAUUGGCUUUUUUUAUUGAGAUCAUAUUUUUUAAAAACAUAUGUGAACACUUGUGAUGAUUCCUUUUGUUACCUUCAAUCGUGAAAUUCUAUUUAAAUUUAUCAUGAACUCAUCAGAGAUAAUUUUCAAAUAUUCAUUGGAAUUGCUGGUGGUUUUUAUGUUUCUUACCAAUGUACAUAUCUUAAAAAGCUACAAAACUUUAUUACAUUUCCCGAAUGUUCAUUCAUAUGGGACAAUCAAAAUAAUCAAAUAAUCAAUGUCAAACAUGCGAAAUUUGUUUGGUUUUCAACUGUGAAGGUGAACAAAAAUUGUAAUUUUUACCUAUAUCCU